GGAACGGCUCAUCUGUGAAUCGUGAGCAGCAGAGAGCUGAAAAUCCUAUCGGUCUGGCUGCCAGCAGAGGGACCUAAGAUGCACAGGCACAGCCAAAGACAUGGUGAUCCUGAGGGACUGGGAUUUGCUCACUGUUUUGUCACACCAGCUCCACAAUCAGCGGGGUUACUGGGUGGAAGGCCAGCGCGGCAGCGUGAGAGUCUGUCCUGCCAGCACUGCUGAGCUCUCUAAAUGGAGCUUUUUUGUGCAGAGGACUAAGCAGCGUUGGCUGCUGUAUUUUUUUCGGCUCCUUUAUACAAAUUUAGACUCCUUCCUUGUUUUGAAUUGGACUUUUUUGUACAGUAACCACCUGGUAUUUAUUGGGAGCUCUCUGCCUUGAGUCUCUGAGCUGUUGAUGGAGGCAAUGUAUGAUGGCAACUGGCCAGCCAUGUCCCCAUUUCAUCCGGUCUGCAUAUGACACCUUGCUGCCUGUGGUCCCAGUUUCAGCAGUUACUGUGUAAAAUUGUUUAAGCUCUAAUAGAAGGUUUCAUCUCCCUGCCUUUAUCUCAGCACAGAAAAAAACAGUCAGUUGCACCUGCUGCUUUGGGAGGCUGGUUGCAAACUGUGGUAUUAAAUUUCAGCAUAGCCAGUGCAAAACUAGAGCUGGGACUGGAUCCAGACUUCAGCGGCCAGGAGCUGCUUGCUAGGGAAGGAGAAAAUUCUAAUCCGGUGAUCUCCGCUGCAAGGAGAUACGUAAGUAAAGUGAGAGCCUCCACCCUGACUGAGGAAACCGCUGUGAUUGUUAGUGCCUGCCACAGCCUCCUGAUUUACCAUUCAGUUUGCAGAGACAAUCGUGGCUUUCUGAUGAGGGUUAUGUCUUUCACAGUCAGCCUCCCCGGGGCUAGAGGAAAAAGGAGAAUUUAUGCAGCCUACCUGCUGUGGUGAGGGUGAAGAAAGCUGCGUGCAGUAGCUUGUAUGCCUGGGAAAGCCACAAGGAGUCUCUGCUCUAUGGGUGGAAAAACAGUCUCGCAGAAUGCUCGUUACUAUUUACAAACUGCCAGCAUCCCAUAAUGAAGUUAACUUUACAACAUCUGCAGCAACUUGCAUCCUGGUGAGAGAGCACAGAGCCUGCUGGAAUCCGAGUGCUCAGCAGUGCCGGAGCAGAGCGUGUCCAGUGAGGGGAGACGGGGAACGGAGGAUCUGUGGAAAGGUAACCCUUAGCGCCUCAAGAAAGAGCUGACUGAAUAAACAACCCAUAUCUUCUGUGUAGCAGCAGAUGGUGUCAGUAUGGAGAAGGUAUUUGAACUCCCCCAUGAGAAGUGUCCUCCUUGCCUCUCACGUGCAGCCCUACCUGUCCAUGGGUAGCACCGACUUAACUGAUGUCCUGAAGAGCAUUCCUCACCAUGGAUAGUCCACCCAAACUGACUGGUGAGACGCUGAUUGUCCAUCACAUUCCCCUGGUGCAUUGCCAGGUCCCUGAUAGACAGUGCUGCUCCGUGAGCAAAAGGACCAACCCCUUCUGCCAGCCAGAGCUCAGCAUUACACGGACCUCUGCCCUUCCAGACAGAGACCUUUCACAGACUGACUCCUUGGUGUACAGCAGCUUUCUCCAGACCUCCGAAACCUCAGCAGAGGCCUCAGAUAACAAAGAAGGCAAAGCGAGGGAUUUGAUUGUCCCUAGUGUCAGUAAGCGACACAACCCUUUCCUGCUGAGUGAGGGUGAAGACCUCAGCAUCUUUGGGGAUGACUUGGGUCAAAAAUCUUUUCACCUUCACAACUCACUUGUGGCUGGCAAACCUCCCUUUCAUCUGCAUGAGCUGGCCUUGCCCCCUUUCCACCUCCACGACUCCAACCACAUUGUGAAAUCCUGGAACAUGGCCAGCCGGUCCGGUGUGGUAGAUGGGCAAGAGGACAAAAUCAGCAGUGACGAUGUCCAGAAGAGGAACAAUGCAAACCGGUGCCACCAGGCCUCAGAACGCAUGGAGCUGGAUGAAUGCAGUUGCCAUCGCGGCAGCUCCUCCAGCUUCUCCUUUGAUGGUGGUGACCAGGAGUGGAACCAGAACACGGGUGAAUCACUGAGGAAUCAGGAUGCCCUACACAGCCGGACGUGCAGCUGUUCCAGCUCGGAGCUCCAGCACUGUCGCUGCUACAGUUCAUCAAGUCAGUCUGAAGUGAUUGACCAACAGAUGGGCUAUAUCAGUGACUCCUCCUGCAACAGCUCCGAUGGGGUGCUGGUGAACUUCAGUGCUCUCUACAACAAAAUGAAUGGCCAUUCCCGAUCUAACCUGAAUUCAGCCAACCUGUCCUGUGACUCUUCCUUCUGCAGCCACUCAGACACAGGAGCUUUUUACCUGGAUUUGCAUUCAUCACCCACAGAAUCCAAGAUGUCUUGCGAGUCACAUCACCCAGAGACUUCAGGGAAGGUGUGUGGGUGUCAACACUCCUCCUCCUCACCUGUCCUUGAUGCUAACUGCAACUCCUACCACCUCCACUGUGAGCCUUGCGCUUCGGAGAGCUCAGACCUCACUGCCUGCUUCCAGAGCCAAGCACGGCUCGUUGUGGCUACUCAGAAUUAUUAUAAGUUAGUCACGUGUGACUUGUCUUCCCAGUCAUCCCCCAGCCCAGUAGGAUCUUCCAUAACUAGCUGCUCGGAAGACCAUACCAAAGGUAGCCCAGCCCAGCCCACUGAAUACUAUCUUUUUAGAAGGCCUGACCUGAGACAAGAAGAAGGCAACGUGGAGUGCAGUGAAGAGGAGGCAAAGGGAGAAGCCACCCAGAACACGAUUGAGGGUCAGGUCUAUGUGAAUGUGUCACCACCUAACCUCAAUACAAGCCGGCAGCGCUCCAGGAGCUAUGAUCAGAACCUGGACAGGAGUCCCAGCAGCAGGCUGGGCUCCUUGGAGCGCAUGGUGAGCUGUCCGGUCAAGCUGAGUGAAAGUCCAGCAAUACCCAUCCAGAGUUCCCCCCCAAAGCGAGUGACAUCUUUUGCUGAACUGGCUAAAGGCAGGAAAAAGAACAGCACCUCCCCACCACUCCGGUCCAGUGGUGAUUCCUCCUUGGAGUUCUCCCCUAUCCCCGAGACACAGCGGGAUUGCCCAGCCUUCCUUGAAGAAAGAGCUCGCCGCAGCCAGAGUCUUCCACCCAUGCCCUUCGUGCAUGGCCUGAACCAGAGCUGCGAGGGCUUCUGUUUAAAUCAUGCUUUUGGGGACAGCCAGGCUUUGUGUUCCACCAAAGACUCGGUCUCCAGUGAGAAGGUCCCCAGUGGGCAUGGGGCAGGUGAGCAAGCCUCUCUCUCCCUGCUGAUGGAGGCAGAUGCCAGCUUCUCAGGUGGCUCUGCCAGUGGCCACGGACAAAGAGAUGUUAGAGCCCGAGCAGACGGUGGUGGCACAGACAGCAAGCCUGUGGUACGCUACAGCAAGGACCAGCGUCCCACAACUCUGCCCAUCCAGCCCUUUGUUUUCCAGCACCAUUUCAGCAAACCAUCCAAGGCCCGUGCUCUGCACAGCCAUUUUGCCUCCAGCCUUUCCCAACUCUACAGCUUGUCCAGCAACCGGCCUGCCAGCCAGCAGAUCUCCUCCAAUUCCCAGUCCUCAGCCUCGGCCACCUCGGCAGAGCAGUUGGCGGGGGUGGGGAGCCAAGCCCACAGCACACUCCUGACCCAGCGCUCAGUGGAUGGAGCUGCCUCCCGCAAUGAUGGCUGCAUUAAGAAGCCUGCCCCUGAGACAACCCGGCCAUCCCCUCUGGGGAGUUACUCUCCUGUGCGAUGCAACGUGCCUUUCUUUCAAAGCGUGGACUCCUCUUCCUCGCCCACAAAGGAGAGGGCUGGAGAGAGCCAGCCCCCCAGGAGCAGGUCCUGCCCCAUCUCCGCCAGCCUGCUUUCCACGAGGUCUUCCCCUGCUGUCAGUGCCAUGCAGCCCUCCCAAGCCACCAAAGCUGAUGCCCUGAGGCAAAAGGAGAACCCCAAGCCAGUUCCCAAGAAGGAGGCACCACUGGAGCCAAGCCCACUGCUCUCCGAGUACCGACUCCGCAGUGGGUCCCUCCCACCCCUCUCGGUGGGCAGUGUGCCCGUGAGCAGAGUGGGGGGCCGUGCAGAUCCCCACUGGAGAAGUGGCAGUGAGACCAGCAGCUCUGGUCCCCUGAGCAGCAUGGGCAUACGGCCCCUCAAUGCGAACCACCUCUCCCCCCAAGCGCUGAAGUGGCGGGAGUACAGGCGGAGGAACCCCCUGGGUCUGGACCGCGUUUCAGGGCUGCCCGGCUUAGCAGGCAGCCUAGACAGGAGGCAGCAAGAGCCUCGGCUGAACCGGGGGAACCCCAUCUUUGAGCUCCCUGGCACUCUCAACAGCAGCCAUUUCCACUGCAAGCUGAACGGACAGUCUAUGAGGCAACUCCAGCUUACCUACACUGACUUCUUCCCUGACUACUUCUCACUAGCAGAGAAACCCCCCGCUGAGUUCUGCCUCUCCCCAGAUGGCAACACAGAGUCCAUCUCCAUCGACUUGCUGCAGAAGAAGGGUCUGGUGAAGGCAAUCAACACUGCUGUUGACCUGAUUGUGGCUCACUUUGGAACCAGCAGGGAUCCAGGGGUGAAGGCCAAACUUGGGAACAGCUCCGUGAGCCCCAACGUGGGGCAUCUCAUCCUGAAAUACCUGUGCCCUGCUGUCCGGGACGUUCUGAGUGACGGGCUCAAGGCUUACGUCCUGGACAUGAUCAUUGGCCAGAGGAGGAACAUCCCCUGGAGCGUGGUGGAGGCAUCCACCCAGCUAGGCCCCUCUACCAAGUUGCUGCACAGCCUCUAUAGCAAGAUCAGCCAGUACACGGAGCUCACCAACCACACCAUGAGGUUCAACGCAUUCAUCUUUGGCCUCCUCAAUAUCCGGUCCUUGGAGUUCUGGUUCAACCACCUCUACAACCAUGAAGAUAUCAUCCUGGCACACUACCAGCCAGUGGGCUUCUUGUGCCUGUCUCACAGCGUGUGCCAGCCUCUUUUCGAGGAGCUCCUGCUCCUGCUCCAGCCUCUCUCCCUGCUGCCCUUCAACCUAGACCUCCUUUUCGAGCACCACCUGAUGCAGAUGGGGAAAGAGCAGCAGCAGCAGAAGGAGCUGCUGCGUGUGAAGCAGGACCUGCUGCUUUCUGCACACUCCACCCUGCAGCUGAUGCGGACGCGGGGCAGCAGUGAGGAUCCCGAUGGCUGCAGCACCGCCCCUGAAGCAUGCAAAGUGGGUGCCAGAGAUGGUGACAUCUCACCAGGCCACAGCCCCCAGCAAGCUGCAAGUGAGAGGGUCAAAGGGGUGGGGGCCUCCUGUGGAGAUGGUGACAGGGAGGAAGAGCGGAGGAAGAUGCGAGAGAGCACGUGGGAGGGGAGGAAGGACAAGCAGGCGGGCUGGUGGUACCAGCUCAUGCAGAGCUCUCAGAUAUACAUCGAGGGCUCAGCUGAAGGCUCAAAGUUCAUCCACUAUGAGAAGAAGAAGAAGGCUUUGAAUACUGUGCCCAGGUUAGCAGAGACCCGCAAGGCACCACCCCCCCGCGAAGGGGUGGUGGAGGGUGCAGAGGCUUGCCCCAUUGCUGAGGGCACCUUGGAGGAGAGGCCCAAGGUUGCCAGCAAGCCAAGUCCUCAAGCCGUGGAAGAGCCCUUGGAAAAGCCCCAGCAGGUACCGGUCAGUGAAGAGGUGAAGGAACGGAGCUGGCCCUUCUGGAUGGGCAGCCCCCCAGAUUCAGUGCUUACAGAGCUGAAGCGCAGCAAGGAGAAGGAGACUGGGACUCAGCAAAGAGUGGGAGCAGCAGCAGCAGCCCCCCAAGAGGAAAGCAGCACCAGUGCAUCAGAGGGCAGCCAGCCCAUCAAGUGGGGACACUUGUUUGGGUCCAGGAAGGUGCAAAAAGAGCCCAAGCAGCCUAACAGGUUGCCCUCUGGCUGGCUGAGCUUGGACAAGUCCGUGUUCCAGCUGGUGGCCCAGACGGUCGGGGCAAGCAUGUGGCGAGAAGCAGCCCAUGAGCCGGAGCCCCCCCGGCCAGAGCCAUCUGAAGUGCCCCCCGCGGCCCGGCCGGCCCGGGGGUUGUCUCCCCACCCUCCCUGUGAGGUGAAAGCUCUUUGCCAUCACAUUGCCACCGAGGCGGGACAGCUGAGCUUCAACAAGGGGGACAUCCUGCAGGUCAUCUCCAAGGUGGAUGGUGACUGGCUACAGUGCAGCCUCGGCUCCGAGAAGGGACUGGUGCCCAUCAUGUACGUCACCCACCCAGAGGACGAGGACUAUUGACAUGGCUGGGAGGCCAAGUACAGUACCGUGGGCUGCUGAGGCUCCUCUGGGGAAGCCCACCCUGCCAGAGGAACAGACAUAGCUUCUUGCUAGUUUCUUACCUUUCUUGCCAUUACAGAAUACAGUAACUGUAGGUGGUUCCUUCUUGCUCCUCCUCGUGCAGCUGCCAAAGGCCAACUCGGCCCUCGGGGUCUUCUGCGAGCUGCACCUCGUAUUGCCAGGCAUCGCCGUGCAUGCAGCCACACCGGGGACUGCCUGAGCCCCCUCCACCCCACACCAUCUCCAGCACCCGUAGGCCGUGGACUCGUACAUAGCAGGAACCCAAGCAGUCCCUGCCAGGGCAGCGCUGCCCCACUGCCCGGCUCAGUUUCACACUGGAGGGUGCAGGAUGCUGGCCGUCCCCUCCCCGGGGGUGGCAGUGCAGUCUGCAGCCUUCAGCAUCCCUGGCAUCAUCAGCCUCAGGGCUGGGAGCACCGUGCAUUGGCAAGGUCUCUGCAAGGCUGGUCUGAUGGGUUGCAUUGCGGUUUGAUGCGGGGCUGCAAGGUAGGUUUCCCCAUGCUGGAGCAGCCCUGUCCUAAUGUGUUAUGGUGGUGCCUGGUGGGUUGUACCCGGCCAGGUGGCCUGGCACUGCCACGCUGCAGGGCCGGGGCUGUGCCUGGCCACAGCCAGGGGAGGGACGGGGUAG